GUGAACUCUCUUCUGACAUGAUGUCCUUCCUGCAGGUCAGUCAGCGCUGAGAUUUCUGAAAAAAUAUGGCUCUGACAAACCCUAUGUCAAUGCCCAUGGGACCAUGGAAGAUCACCGUUUAUGACCAAGAGCAUUUCCAGGGCAGGCGUUGUGAAUUCACAGCCUGCUGCCAGAACAUCAUGGAGUUCGGCAUGGAGACCGUUCGCUCCCUGAAAGUGGAGUGUGGCGCUUGGGUUGGUUUUGAGCACUCCACCUUCAACGGUCAGCAGUUUAUCCUGGAGAAGGGAGAUUAUCCCUGCUGGGAGGCCUGGAGCGGCAGCAACGCCUAUCGCAUCGAGAGACUCAUUUCCUUCCGGCCCAUUUAUUCUGCUAUGCACAGUGACUCCCGCAUGAUGCUUUUCGACUGUGAGAACAUGACUGGAAAGCAGUGGGAGGUGUGCAAUGACUACCCUUCCCUGCAGGGUAUGGGAUGGUGCAACAAUGAGGUCGGCUCCUUCCAGGUCAUGAGUGGCGCUUUUGUAUGCUACCAGUAUCCUGGUUACCGUGGUUACCAGUACCUGAUGGAGUGCGACUGCCACGGAGGCGAGUACAGGCACUACAGGGAAUACGGCUGCCACGCUCAGACCCCUCAGAUCCAGUCUAUCCGCAGGAUCCAGCACUGA